AUGCUGAGUCAUGCUAUUUCGUUUAGGUUUACGUCUGAAAGCUCACCGGAGAUUUUCAACGGUAUCCAUGGCAGGGCUCGUUUCGACAGUCUCGUCAACCUGGUCUCCCGUCUGCAUACCACAUUCCGCCGCAAGCUUGAAGAGGGCGUUGAACUCUGCGCCUUCUGCAGGAACAACGGCGAGCCCUACGAGUUCUAUGUCACUCACAAAUACGGAGCAUGGUGCAUGCUCGACGCCAGCUUCCGCCUGGCGAACUCUGAAGAUCGUCAUGGAACCUUCAAUGCGCAUAAUCCUGAUCGUUUACGCUAG